CAGGAUAAGAGGGGUAGGAGUGAAGAGAUUGCGAGAGUAUGGGGUGUGGGAGAGAGUGAUCGAGGGUGGCCGAUCCAAGUGAUUUCAUGGUGGCGCACGUAUCAAUUUGAGGGAUCGACGAGGGAUAAACGACGGGUUCCAGCAUAGCUUUCACCUUUGAGAAUCGUACAGGAGGAAAAGAGAAGAACCCAUAGCCCCCUCCCCACUCCAAAAAUAUACGAGAAUACUCCCCACCACUGGGUCUGAAACAGGGCACGCGGCUCGUGUGCCGUCCCUGGGUCCUCCCGCACACGACAUACGUCCGCCGCCACGCGACCGAUGCACACGCGUGCGGGAGCUAGCAGCAGCAGCAGCAGCAGCAGCAGCAGCAGCAGCAGCAGCAACAGCAGCAGUAGUAACAGCACUAACAACGACACUAACUACAGCAGUAACCAGGAAUUGCAGCAACGCCAGCAGGAUCAGCUAUCGCGGCAAUAGUGUGUGUUCACCCACCUUCUAUAUUCUACGUGGCGACGGGGAUAAGUGCAUCCGCGAAGAAGUCCUCGCGAUAGCAAAUUCAACAUAUCCAAAUCCUGACACGCGACCUCAGGAAGCUGUGCCACGUGUGAACCCGAUCGACAAGUGCAAUCCAAAGUUGUUGUUAUAUAUAUAUAUAUAUUUUUUUUAUUUAUUUAUUUUUUUUCUUUUUUCUUUUUUUUUUUUUUGAAUCAUUAUUCGUCUUCACGAGUUUCUUUAUUUUUUUUUCUUUUUCUUCUUUUUUUGAUUUCUUUCAAUUUUGCCAAAAAAAAAAAAAAAAGAAGAAGAGAAAACAAAAGGAAAAGUGACAUCAACGAUAUUAAUCCUCGAAUAUGUCGAUCAAUAUGAAUCAAGGUAAAGUGUUCUACGAAGGAGAACUAUCGAAGAACUAAAUCGUUUUAAUGUCUACGUUUGAUUCAUUGGACCAACGAUUAUUAUUCAAGGUUAUUCAACGAGCAUUCUCGCUCGCUUGAUACCGCAAUGCGACUCAUAUGACACUUCGUCCAUCUAACAAAAGCAUCGUUAUGGGAUCUAUAUUAUACAUGAGAUAACACCUACCUAAUUUUGAAAGUAAAUCGUUCGAUUAUCCUGGAUCACAGAGACUUCGUCGUAACAUUAAAAAAUUGACAUUACGAUUUUACGAGCACUGCCGAUAUCUUUGAAACUUCCAAUAACGAUUACUUUCUUCUUCUUCCUUUCUUCCUUCCUUCCUUCCUUUCUUCCUCUCUUUCAUAAAUAACUUAAACAGUUAAUAAAAAAAAAAGAAAAAACUCUCGUGAGAAAAUGUGGCGAGUAGUAGUAGCACGUUCGGACGAGAACAGUACUUUGUUGUCCUCGGACAUUACUUCUGGUGCCGUAGCACCAACGCAUUUACCAUCCGGUCAUCAUUGGGGUUAUCCACCUCCGCCGCAUCAUCCUCCUUAUCAACCGCAACAUCCUGACAUGCGUCAUCAUCAUGAUAUGCGUCCACCACCACCUGACCUUCGUCAUCCUCCGCCAUCCAAUAUAAACGAUAUCAGAACUCACGAAAUGCAAAGACCUGACCUUAGGCAUCAAGAGAUGCAAAGACAUCAAGAUGCACAGAGACAUCAGGAUAUGCAUAGAUCAGAUAUAAUUAGGCAUCAAGAAAUAAGACAUCCCGAUGUUAGGCAUCAGGAUAUGUCCGGGAUGAGAUCAGAUAUGACCGAGAUCAGAACCAAUCACGAAUAUUCUGAUCUUAAAAUUGACGAGAUGAGAUCUCAAGAUGCUAAUCAACAGCAACAACAGCAACAACAACAACAACAACAACAACAACAGCAGCAGCAACAGCAACAACAACAACAGAAUCAAGCUCAUCAUCAUUCGAGGAAUCUCAAAAGAGCUAUGAGCGACUCUGAUUGCGAUGACGUCUUUUCCGAAGAAAGCGGCAAGGAACCAUGCAAUUCACCCGGAGGUGAUUCUUGUCAGCACGCAUCGCGUAAACGUAGAAGGGGAAUGAUCGAAAAGAAACGCCGUGACAGAAUAAACGCAUCCCUCGGAGAACUGAGAAGAUUGGUGCCUGCAGCAGCUAGAGACCCUCAUAGUGCAAAAUUGGAAAAGGCUGAAAUACUUCAGCUCACGGUCGAACAUUUACGUACUCUUAGAAAUAAAGGGCCCGAUGGUUACGACAGUACUAAAUUAGCUAUGGAUUAUCAUGCAGUUGGUUGGGGUGAAUGUGCCGCCGAAGUUGGUCGUUACUUAAUCACUAUGGAAGGUUUGGAUGAGAGAGAUCCAUUAAGGUUACGUCUUCUCUCUCAUUUACAAAGUUUCCAUAGGGAACAUACAACAGGACCACCACCUUCAACCGGUGUCCCUGGGCCAGGUGUACCUUCAGCAACAACACUUACAUCUACCUCAACAGUCAGCAGUUAUGAAUCUCCUAGCACGGUAUCUACUGGUAUGCCACCAGGACCUGGUACUAUGCCACCAUUACUUGGUGGUGGUGCUUUAGGUUGGAGCCAAUAUCCAACACAAUAUGCACAACAACAAGGCAAACCUUACAGACCUUGGGGAGCAGAACUUGCUUAUUGAGGAUACGAUUAUUUAGGAGAAAGUAUAUAAAUAGUUCGAUAUUAAUUUAUAAAAUUUUCUUUUUUGUUUCUUCCCAUUUUUUUUUCUCUUCUUUCCUUUUUCUUUUUUUCUUUUCUUUUUUUUUCAUCUUCGAAUAAAUCAUUCUCUCUUUUCUUAUAUAUUUCGAUCGAUUACUAAUCCAAUCGAUUGUAAUAGAAAACAAAUUUUGUCGAUCUUGACAAUUUACAAAAGAGCCAACGAGAUAAUAAUAUCUUGUUUUUUUAGAUUAUUGUACAUAAGUCAUAGAUGUGGUAUAUUUUGUAUAAAACGAUCUCUCGAAACGUAUCUCAGGAAUUUUAUAUGACCAAAAAAACUAUUAGGAUUAGAUACGUCCGACAAGUGAUACGAUGAUAGUCAUAUAUAUAUAUAUAUAGUAUAUUA